UGACCUGUAAGGACAUACAGCGACAAAUGCGGCGCAGCCUAGUCUGCUCAGUCGUCCACUGCCCGUUAUCCGCGGAUUUCUAUAAAACAGCUGCACACUUUUCUCCCUACAGAUACCGUUCCCAUCGUUGGUAAACUGUCUAAAUAUGAGGUGGUUUGUAUCCUGUAACAUGGUGUAGCUCAGCCUUUGGUGAAGCAGCAGCAGCGGCCCACUUGCACUGAGCCAGGAUGUCCAGUAGCUCUGGCUACCCCCCUAACCAGGGGAGCUUCAGCAGUGAGCAGAGCCGUUACCCAUCCCAUUCUGUCCAGUACACAUUCAGCGGCACGCGUCACCAACAGGAUUUCUCUGUCCCAGAUUAUCGAUCUCACAUGCAAGAUCCGCAGGGUCGAAGAAGACCAUCUUUACUGUCUGAAUUCCACCCUGGUACUGAAAGGCCUCCAGAGAGACGUCAUGGUUACGAGCAGCAGUUCCACUGCAUCACUUCUCAGGCUGAACAUGAUGCACUGGAAACGAAGCGCCCACGCAUGGACUCGAUUGCUGAGGCCCACAUGACCCGUAGCUCUUCUUCUGCUGGGGGUAUUCUCUUGCCCAUGCACCAUACUCUACAGGAUAGUCUCAGAGCCACUGUGGAGGUCAAAAAGGAGUCUCCUUUCACUGUGAAAGUGGAAUGUCCUUCCCCAGGAGGACCUACAUUACACCUUGGGGAAGAGCAUGACACGUCUCCUUCCAAGCUAUCCAAGGAGGAGCUGAUUCAAAGUAUGGACCGUGUGGACAGAGAGAUUGCUAAAGUGGAGCAGCAGAUUUUCAAGCUGAAGAAAAAGCAACAACAACUGGAGGAGGAAGCAGCAAAGCCAGUGGAGCCAGAAAAACCAGUGACCCCUCCCCCAGUGGAACACAAGCACCGCAGCAUAGUCCAAAUCAUCUAUGAUGAGAACAGGAAAAAAGCUGAAGAGGCCCAUAAAAUACUGGAAGGACUUGGUCCCAAGGUUGAGCUGCCCCUGUACAAUCAACCAUCAGACACAAAAGUUUACCAUGACAACAUUAAAACCAAUCAAGUAAUGAGGAAGAAGCUGAUUCUGUUUUUUAAGAGGAGGAACCAUGCUCGUAAACAAAGGGAACAGAAGAUCUGCCAACGCUAUGACCAGCUGAUGGAAGCUUGGGAGAAAAAGGUGGAGCGCAUGGAGAACAACCCCAGGCGCAAAGCCAAGGAGAGCAGAACACGGGAGUACUAUGAAAGGCAAUUCCCUGAGAUUCGGAAGCAGAGAGAGCAGCAGGAGCGCUUCCAAAGGGUUGGCCAAAGAGGAACGGGUCUCUCUGCAACAAUCGCUAGAAGCGAACAUGAGAUUUCUGAAAUCAUUGAUGGUCUUUCUGAGCAGGAGAAUAAUGAAAAACAGAUGAGACAGCUGUCAGUCAUCCCUCCCAUGAUGUAUGACUCGGAGCAGAGGCGAGUGAAGUUCAUCAACAUGAAUGGCUUGAUGGAUGACCCCAUGAAGGUGUACAAAGCCCGACAGUUCAUGAACGUUUGGACAGAACACGAAAAAGAGAUCUUUAAAGACAAGUUUGUCCAGCACCCGAAGAACUUUGGCCUGAUCGCCUCCUAUCUAGAUAGAAAGUGUGUUGCUGACUGUGUCCUGUACUACUACUUGACUAAAAAGAACCACAACUACAAGACUCUGGUGAGACGCAACUACGGUCGACGGAGGGGAAGGAACCAGCAAAUAACACGUCCCUCACAAGAAGAGAAGUCCGAAGAUAAAAACGAAGACGACAAAUCUGAGAAGUCGGAGAAAAAAGAAGAGGAGGAAAGGAAGGAGGAUGAAGAGAGAGAUGAAAAGGAGGAGUCCAGGGACAUUGGCAAGGACAAAGACAAGUGUGACGCUGGGGAGGACGAGGACGGAAAGGAGCAAAACACGACGCGUGGCAGGAAGACUGCCAACAGCCAGGGCCGACGUAAGGGAAGGAUCACCACACGCUCCAUGGCCAAUGAGGCUGCCACUGUGGCGGCAGAGGAAGCACCUCCCCCUGCUUCAGAGGGUGGUGUGGCAGAUCCUCCACAGCUCCCUAAAUCUGAUCCAGCUCAAAGGUCCAUAAAGGAACCGAUGAAACCGCCUACUCCAGUAGCUUCACUGGAUGCUAAAGCUGGUGAAUCUGGAGAAACUUCUCGCUGGACCGAGGAGGAGAUGGAGGUCGCCAAAAAAGGUUUAGUUGAGCAUGGACGAAACUGGACGGCUAUCGCCAAAAUGGUAGGCACCAAAAGUGAGGCACAGUGUAAAAACUUUUAUUUCAAUUACAAGCGACGUCAUAAUUUGGACAACCUGCUACAACAGCAUAAGCAGGACACACGGCGGGCUCGUGCCGAUAGGUCUCAAGGUGAAGGUCUAACCACAGCUUCACCUGAUGACGAUGACGACAAUGCAGAUGACAGUGAAGGAGGUGACAAUAGCUCUGAUACAGAGAGUGCUCCUUCCCCCUCUCAAACUGACCCCACCAAGUCCGGCGACUCCAAGAGACCAGACAGUGCUGCUGGAGAUGGUCAGAGCUCUGAUCAGGACAUGGUUCAGGCCAGCAAUGCAAAAACCUCUGACCCCUCCUAUGGGGGCCUGCAUGUGAAGGAAGAGAAAAGUCCAGAGAGCGACGCUGUUUCUCAUGAGGAAAAGAGCAGAGUGGCUUCCUACUCAGGUGUGAUCCAUCCAAAAACUGAACCUCAAGAUGUGGACAUGAAGUCCGGAGAGAUUCAGGUUAAAAUGGAGCCGGAGAUCAAGGAGAAAGGCGACAAAGGAGAACAUGGUGAGAGGCAGAAGGAGCUUCACUCUGAUAAUGACUCCAGCGCCACCUGCAGUGCUGAUGAAGAUGUAGAAGCAGAGCUUGAAAGACAGAGAAUACUUUCUAUGGAGAAGCCAUCUUUGCUCAGCCCUGCAGGGACGGUCCUGGUGUCUUCACCUAAGCAAAAUCCACACAACAUCCAGCAGAUGCAUCAGCGGGCAGCUGCCAUCCCACCAAUGGUCCCUGGUCCUUAUGGCCCUGCUCCCGUGCCCAUCAGUGGCUUUGCGAUGUUGCAGCACCAGAUCAAAGCAGCGCAUGCAUCUGCACACCAGGAGGAGAAGCAGAGGCAGGACCAGGGUGACCUAGAGCGCAGACUGCCCUUCAACACCCGCAGCCCAAGUCUACUUGACAGAGAUGGUAAGCCCCUACCCUACAUGCCUUAUGACAUGAUGUUGGCUCUGGACCAGGAGGCCCUCUCUGGUCGGCCAGGCUCUCCUUACAGACUCUCCCCCAGGGAUCUAAGCAAGUCCUCACCCCAGCCUGACCCCAACAUCCCCAAUGCUUUCCGCUACAGUGUGCCGCCAGUCCUCCACCCAGCUCCCAACCAGCUGAUCCAGAGUCUGCCAGAUGGAGGCCGAAUGGCUUUCAGCAGACCCAGUCGACCUCCCAACAUUCCCUCUCCUCCUCCUCUCAUUCCAACCAGCAAACCCACUGACAAGCCGUCCUUCAUUCAUGGGGGCUCAAUAUCUCAGGGAACUCCAGGCACAUACCUACCUUCGCAUGCCAUUUAUGGGCCUGAUGGGAGUAAAAACACUGUGGGCUCCAUCUCUUUGGGCCUGCCUCGGCACCAAGAUCCGAGCAAGACUGCUGCAUCAAUACAUGAUGGUCGAGGAAAUCCAGCAAAAAUGGGUGAGAGCCUGGCUUUCAGAGGAUCAAUCACUCAGGGCACACCAGCCCUUUCCCAAUCUAUUGUUGCUGCUGACCUGCUGAAAGGCACCAUCACAAAACUGGCCACAGAGGACCUGAGUAACUGUGACAAGGCAAGGGAGCAGCUGGCUAAAGGUCAUGUUAUCUAUGAGGGCAAGAGCGGCCACAUUCUCUCUUAUGAUGCCAUCAAGAACCCUAGGGAAAACACCCGUAGUCCCAGAACUGGUCAUGAGUUGAAACGCACUUAUGAAAUGAUGGAGGGACCCAUCAGCAGGGGUCACCCAGGCAGGGAAGGAGCUCCUUUUGAAGGGCUGAUUAGCAGAGCCUUGCCCAGAGAAGGCCUCCAUGGAGAUUCUAAAGACAGACAAAUAAUAACUGGCUCUAUCAUGCAAGGAACACAUAGAACAGCUGCAGAAACAUAUGAAGAUGUCAUGAAAUAUGGAAAACAGAUUAAACGAGAGAGCCCACCUAUCCGCUCCUUUGAUGGGGGAAUUGGCAAAGGAAAACCCUAUGAGGGCGUUAACACCAUUAAAGAGACUGGGCGCUCCAUUCAUGAAAUCCCUCGACAGGACCAGUCUGGCCAGGACCUCAGGAAGACUCCUGACCUAUCAGACAGGAGGGUCAUAGAUGGAUCCAUGUCUCAGAUGCACUCUCUGAACCAACCUACAAUCAAGCACAAUGUUAAGUCCCUAAUCACUAGUCCCAGUAAGCUUCCCCACGGCCUACCCCAGCUUGAGGCCAUGGAACGGAGCAAAUACGAGGAGAGCAAGGCAGUGCGCCACACCUCGGUGGUCAACUCCACCACGUCUGUCCUGCGCUCCACACACCAGGAAGCUGCGAAAUCUCAGCAUAGCCCAGGCAUGUAUGAGGAUGCCAAUGCUCGCAGGACCCCUGUGAACUACAGCUCCAAUUCUGUGACCAGAAGUUCACCCAUGCUGGGGCGUUCAUCAGAUGGAGCAAAAUCUGCUGCACAUGAAAGAAAGAAUGCCAUGACACCGACGCAGAGGGAAAGUGUCCCAGCCAAGUCCCCCGUGUCGGGUGGCGACCCCAGGGCGUCUCACAGCCCCUUCGACCCUCACCACAGGCCGGUUGUUCCUGGGGAAGUGUACCGAGCUCACCUGCCUCCACAUCUUGACCCCAGUAUUGCCUUCCACCGAGUGAUUGAUCCUGCAGCCUUCAUGUUCCCCAGACAACCAUCUCCAACUGGCUACAACACAUACCAGCUAUACACCAUGGAGAACACGCGGCAGACCAUCCUCAAUGAUUACAUCACUUCUCAGCAGAUGCAAGUCAUUCCACGGCCUGACAUGGCCCGUGGGGUGUCACCGCGGGAACAGCCUGUUGCUAUCCCAUACCCAGCUGGAGCUCGAGGGAUAAUUGAUCUAGCCCAGAUGCCUCCAACUAUCCUGUUGCCUCACCCUGGGGGAACAGGUACUCCCACUUUGGAACGUAUCGCCUACCUCCCUGGAGCUCAGCCCCCUUUCACUACUAGGGCUUUCAACCCAACCUCCAUAUCGCCAGGUCACCAAGCCCACCUUGCUGCUGCAGCUGCCGCUGCUGCAAAUGUGGAGAGGGAGCGGGAACGUGACCGUGAGCAACAGGAGAAGGAGAGGGAAAAGGAACGGGAACAGCGGGAACGAGAAAUACGAGAACGGGACCGGGAAAGAGAGCGAGCAAAUGAUUACAUUCGUGGAAGUGGAGUUGAGCAACCAGGCCGGCCAGGAAGCCGAGGCUAUCUCCACUCUCCUUCCCCUUCUCACAGGACGCAGGAAGUGGUUGUUCAACAGCGGCCAAGCAUCUUUCAGGGCAAGAGUGUUAUCACUUCGCUAAUGCCUCAUUCAGCAGCAACAGCAGCAGCCCAGAGUAACUCUCGCUACAGUACUGCAGCUGAUGCACUGGCUGCGUUGGUGGAUAUUGCAGCCUCUGCUCCACCUGUGGAUGUGGCCAAAAUUAAGGAGAACAAACGAGAUGAGCGGGAUGAGGAAUUAUGUUCAGCAGCUCGGAGAGCAGCUAGCCUCUCAGAACAGCAGCAGGAGCCAGAGCGGCGAUCCGUACCAUAUGGUGCUAUGUCUCUUCCAGGGGGGAAGCCCCACCCGGCGUACCCCGAGGGUGUUGGAGUUAAAGAUAAGGGCCCUCAAACCUCAAAAUCCCGCAUUGAGGAGGAGCUUCGAACUCGUGGAAAAACGACCAUUACAGCUGCUAACUUCAUUGACGUUAUCAUCACCCGACAAAUAGCCCCGGAAAAAGACUCCCGAGAGCGAGGCUCACAGAGCUCGGACUCCUCAAGUAGCUUGUCAUCAAGUCGAUAUGACAACACUGGGGGAGGAGCCAUUGAAGUGAUAAGUCCAGCUAGUUCGCCAGUCCAUUCCCAACUUGAAAAAACAGACGAGGCACAGCAGACGGCAGCUGGCAUGCGAGUCUAUGACAUGAGUCGAUACCGGCCUUCGGCAGAGCCGCCACAGCCCAGUUCCCAGCAGGCCCCCUCAUCCCAGGCCGACAGUUACUCUCAAAUCCCAAAGACACACCGGGUCAUGACCUUGGCCGACCACAUUUCGCAUAUUAUAACCCAGGACUUUGCACGUAAUCAAGACCCUCCCACAGUUUCCUCUUCAGCCGCUGCCACAUUCCAGAGUACGAUGCCACCCAUGUCUUCGUCAGUUCGAGCCAAGGUGCCCAGCCGCUACAGCCCUGAGAAUCAAAUCCAGGCCCAACAUCACCACCGUCCCCCCAGCAGGGUCUCUCCGGAGAACGCCACAGACAAACCCAGGUCCAGGCCUGGCAAGUCUCCAGAGAGAGGUGGGAGGCAGAUGGAGAGCUAUGAACCCAUCUCACCGCCCCAGAGCUGUCAAGGCAUGGAAAAACAGGAGACCGGUGGGCCUGCACCCCAAAGGCGAGAGGCGGACAACUCUGAGAUCAGGUCCGUGAGCUGCACAGACUCGAUGCAUGAUCUCAAACAGGUCGGCAUAACUAAAAGCAGGAAUGACUCACGGUCCCCUGGCAGUGUCAGUUAUCUGCCCUCCUUCUUCACCAAACUAGAGAACACCUCACCUAUGGUGAAAUCCAAAAAGCAGGAGAUCUUUCGUAAGUUGAACUCCACCUCUGGUGUUGGCGAUUCUGAUGUUGGAAAUGCUCAACCAGGCACUGAGAUUUUCAACUUGCCUGCUGUUACCAGCUCCAGCAGCAUCAACCCUAGGAACCACUCGUUCAGUGACCCUGCCAGUAACCUGGGCCUAGAGGACAUAAUCCGUAAAGCCUUAAUGGGUAACUUGGAGGACAGACCAGAAGAGCACCAAGGCGGCGCUGGUGCCAUCAGCAACGCAUCCAACACGAGCAGUGACACUCGUCAGGAAGCCAACCCGUCGCCCAGCAUAGUGAAGCAAAAGCAGGGCAAAGCCAACAGCCGUAAAUCAAAGUCUCCUAACCUGGGUCAGGCCUUCUCGGGAGGGGAUCGUCCUUCCUCCGUGUCCUCAGUACACUCCGAGGGAGACUAUCACAGACAAGCACAAGCCCAGUCCCAAUGGAGUUGGGAUGACCGACCUUCAUCUGCAGGGUCCAUGCAGUUCCCUUACAACCCACUGACCAUGCGCAUAAUGAGCAGCACGCCGCCCACCUCCAUAUCUUCCCCCUCCAUACAGAGCCAGCAGCAGCCACAGCAGUCGCUUCCUGCCGGAGCUCCAGUGGGCCAGCAGCGUGUGUGGCAGUCUCUGCUGUCGGAGCAAUACGAGGCUCUGUCGGACAGCGAUGACUGAGCCCGGCCCGCGAGAAGGGAUGAAAAGAGACCCGACCUGAGGCGCAUCUCUUCCACGCCCUCCAAGACACAAAAGUGUCCAAUUCUUUUCUGGUGCUGUGGCGCCCCCUAGCUGUCAGUUAAGUGUACAAGCAGCUGAUGACCGACUGGGCUCUCCAGAACUAGGCUCACUUUUAGUUCGGAAGCACUCACCCAGUCUCUUGGGGAAUUAAACCCGACUGAGGCUAUAGUGACGCUGAUAUGUAAAAAGAGACUUUGUUUAAUUUCUGUAAAGUUAUAUAACGCAUCUUCAAGAAAAUCAUUGUAUGUGAAUAGAAUAACCUUUUUGCAGUGUUUUUCUCAACUUGAUUGUUUCUUAUUUUAAUGUCGCUUUUAAAUUGAUCCACUCUAAAUGCUAAGUGAAGAUGUGUAAUCUUUAAUGCCACCGGUGGUCUUUCCCAGGCUCCUUACCCCAUCAAGGCUCACUUCGACCUGUUUCUUGUUGCCCAUAAGAGACGACGUUUCUCCCUGCACCCCUGUCUGAACACGGUAGACAUUACAGGACAUCACAAUACACUGCUCAAAUUUUGAAACAGUCUUGAUAUUUGAUUGUGUUUACCACACUCUGAAAAUGUGUGAUUUUCAACAAAAAGGUGGAGGUCAUCACACUCAAUUCUAGAUGGGGGAAUGUCUUCCACACUGGUAUCAGAAGUAAAGGGUAGGGCAUGUGAUGAAUAAGGUGGCUACUCCUAGACCCGAUCUAAAUAGUGAAGUGAGCCAAUGUGUUUGUCGUCGUCCCCCUCGCCCCUCAAGUCGAGCUGACAAUGACAUCUUGCUAUCUCUGCAGUUUCCAACAUGUCCAGAAUUGUCUGCCCUAAAAUGUCACAAUUUAAAUCUGUCUGGAAUUAUCUGUAUUGCUUUUUUUUUUUUGGGUGGGGGGUGGUCUUGGUCUUGGUCUUGCCAAGCCUUGUGACUUGAGAUAAAAAGGCAGCUUUAACUAAUUUUCUCAGAAAUACUGUUUUGUUUAUUUGUACUUGCUUCCCUAGUACCUUUUGAAAAUACUUUUGUGAAACAAUCCAAACUAGAAUGUCUUUCCAAAUUAAGACCCAUAUUACCAAACAUAAUUGUCUGCACCAUUUAUGCACUUUUUGCCUCAUAACUAUUGAUGAUAAAAGGCGUACUGCCUGCUGUCUGUAAAGUGUUAAGGAGUAAUUGGCGAUAUUCUUUGUUUUUCUCACCACUUGCAGACCUUUCAUAAUGGGAUCCUUGCUUAAUACUUAUUGUAGUUUUGAGUUCAUGGUGCCAUGUCAUCACUGAGAUUUCAAACCAUGGCAAUUCUGUUUCCAUUAUGUUAAAUAACAGGAAUAAAAUAAACUACCGACCCUGCAGAUGUCACGUUCACCUUUCACUUUGCUGUUAUCAAGGUUCUCAUUCCCGAAACUCGUUCUGUCCCGUUCAUAAAGCUUUUCAAUCGUUGUCACUGCACAUGUAAAGGUGUUUCUUUUCUGACCGUUUUUUUUUCUCUUUUCUUACUCGUUUAAAUGGGAUGGUUGUUGUUUACAAAGGCAAUGGCAGAAAACGUUUACAAACUUGAAUUUGAAAAGAAAGACUACUUGAAGCCGAAGAAGAAUUAGAGAAUCUUUUCAAGCUAGAAAACCCAUGUGACUUAUUUUUUCUUUUAAAUUCAAACUUGAAAACUCAUCCAUUUUGAUGUUGAUAUGCAAUGAUUGUAUGGCACAAUGUCAUUUAGUUGGCUAAUACAAGAGUUUAGACCAGUCCAAUAAAGUGGUUCUUUUCUCCACCGCA